ACCCAGGGCUACGGCAUACACGAUUUCCGACGUCUUCCCAAUGUCUGCUACCUCGACGUGGGAUGCAACGAGAGUUAAAGCACAGUUAAGGCUCACCGCCCAGCGCCUUGGUCAGCUUCAGGACAAGAAGGACUCGCAAGGUCAAAUUACCCGACGGGACAUCGCUACGCUCCUGCAGCAAGGCCAGGUCGCGCUAGCACGGACGAAGGCCCAAAAGCUCGCUCGCGAAGAUGCACUCGAAGUUUUGUUGCAGGUGCUGGAGAUGCACAUAGGUGUCAUCCUGGAGCACUUUAGUGAGCUGGAGAACAACUCCCCGCCUAGCCCGUCCUUAAUCGAAGCUGCUUCCAGUAUCAUAUAUACCGCGAAUCAUUAUGACGAGUCUAAAGACCUUCAUGUUACCAGUAACCUACUUGCGCAACGAUUAGGCCUCGACUUUACGCGUUCCGCCAUAGGAAACCACGAUGCAUAUGUCUCCCCCCAAAUCUUAGGGGCUCUUGCGGCUCCUCCGCCGACGGCAGCGCGACUGGACGAUUUCCUUGUGAGCAUUGCCAGCGCGUACGGAGUGGAAUGGAAACCGGCAAUGCGUGCUCACGAGAGGCUGACGGCACUGUCCGAACUCCUCGAUCCUGGUUCUCCGACGUUGGUGGUGGACUUGGCCCGGCUUCGAUCCUUGUGCGAUUUGGGUAUUCCCGGUCACCCGCCUUGGCUCCGGCCUCGUAUAUGGAGACUCGCCUUCGGGACGUUGCCAGCUCUCAAAACUGCAUGGAAUGUGGAAGCCUCCAAACAGCGGGAUAGCUAUUAUGACCUCGUUCGACGCCUAUUGGAGCCGUUCACGAAGCUCCCGCCACCUUCUUCUCCGUUAGCGUCUCUCGACAAAUCGUUGCUGGACGCGUCCAAGGACAUAUCAAGAGUCCCAGGCAGCCUUUUUUUGGAGCUGGAAGAUGAACCCGAAUCUUCCACAUUGUGCCCCUUGGAUCCGACGUGUCCGGAACACAUCGAGUGCUCGGCGGCAUUGGACGACCGCCUCGAAAAAAUCACCGCAAUGGACGCGAAGGACUCCGCGCCGUUAGGGACUCCUGAAAUUCGGUUGCAAGGAGAGGAAAUUCCGGAGAUUUCUGUGAGCUCCCCGACUUCACCUAAUUCUGGCGAGCAAGCGAACACCUCCCGCACUCUCCACCCCUCCAAAGCCCUCAACUUUCACGGUGCACAUCCCAAACACCACUCCGCCCUGGUCAGGCUCCUCUAUAUCCACUCAACGUUGAACCCCGCGAGCAGGUCUCCUCAUAUAGCCUCGCUGCUCGUACCCCUGUACUCCGUUCUGGUACAGGAGAUUGAGGCAGCUGAUGUAUGUCAUGCAGAAGCUGAUACCUUCUGGCUAUUCGAAUCCAUCAUCAGCGAGUUCGCUGAAUUGGAAGACGAGGAAGGGGGGAAGUUAACGUUGCAGAGGUUUGGUGAACGGAUGGCCUGGGCUGACGAAGAGCUGUUUGUGAAUCUGCAAGCGAAGGGUCUAGACCCGGCUCUGCCACACUACUCAUACCGCUGGCUUGCGCCGCUGCUGACACAUACAUUACCUCUUUCAUCCGUAUUUUCCGUAUGGGAUGCGGUCUUCACCCGGACGGCGAGGGAAAAGGACUCCAAUCCAAGAUUGGACUACCUCCUCGACGUGUGUACAAGCAUGUUAAUCCGGGCCAGGGGGCCGUUAUUCAGGUUGGGUAAAUCAGGCCGUCGUUCUCCUGGUCUCUGGAAUGACGACGCCUCUAUUCCUCCUCCUUCUCCUCUGCGUGCUUGGGAGCUUGGUGACGCUUUUGCCGAAGGCAUGGCGCUCUUGCAGCUUUAUCCAAUUGAGGCAGCAGGAGGGGUGGAGUCAAUACUGCAGACGGCCUCGGAUCUCGCGCAUCGACGAGAAGAAGAAAUGAAAGCACGUCGCGCUGGGCUCAGCGUUGGCCUUGGUGCCCGUCUACGUGAGACCGUCUGGCGCGGCUUCACAAACCGGGUCAGCUCGCCCAUCGACGAUGAAUUUGAGGAGGAAGAGGAUAGCGAGGAAUCCACGGAACCCGAACCCGAACCGACCGUUACUCAGCCGGCAGCUGUGGCGGCCUCCAACUCCAAUGGCAUUACCUCUCGCCUAACCACUUCCAUCUGGAAAGGCAUCACAAAUCAAAGCGCCAUGGAAGCGCCUCCAUCUCCUCUAUCCCCUGCCCGCUCACCAUCAAUAUCUCCCUCCCCAUCCCCCACCCCGGAGUCCGCCCAGAACAGCCCAGCAUCUGCUACGAGCUCCGCGCGGAUAUGGGACUACACAGCAAAGUUGAAGGAAUCCGAUGCUGCCGCCACCCUGGCCAAGGUCAGCUCCAACUGGCGGGCGCGCGCAUUGAGUGCGUGGGGUAGUGGAGUCAACUUGAAGUCGGUCCCUAGCUCUACGGCAUCGGAGCCCCCCCUGUCUCCGCAGUCCAAGAGGGACAGUCUCUGGGAUAGACGACCAGAAUCAUCCAGCAGCUGGUCCGGCGUCGCCCAGUCUCCAGCUCGGCCGAUCCAACACUCGACGUCCUCGGACACGUACUCCCCGCCCCCGCGUCCAUCAUUCUUCAGGCCCCCAAGGGACAGUUGGAUGCCGCAUGCUCGCACCGAAUCAAUAUCGUCAGUCGGCUUAUCACCCACGAGCCCUGAGUCGAAGCCCGAAGGGGGCUUAGUCGACAGAGCCAAGGCCCUGCAGGAAUCUCUUUCUUCGUUGACCGGCAUCCAAGUUGCUGCUCCCAAGCCGACGCCGAAGGCUGCUCCGCGCCCGCUCCUGCUCAGUUCCUCAACGCUGAUGACAGGCCACUCACGGGCAGCGUCGGUGUCAAGAGGACCCAGCCCCGCACCGUCCGGUCACAACCGCUACGCCUCCGAUGCAACGAUGAGCCGGCGGGAAUCACAGUCGUCUGCUUCGUCCCUGGGAUUAACCAGCCGCGAGAGCUGGGACUCCGACGCGGCGAGUCGCGUAGUACCGAUCCGCAGGGCCCGCUCUCCUAUGGCACCGAACUUCUCCAUGCCUCGCGCGCGCAGCUCGACUUCAUCUUCCGCCACCUCCGAUCGCAGUGCCGGCGCUGCACGUACCAAACUCUCCCUCAGCACCGAAAUCGGCGUGCGCCGGACACGAAGUAGGGAAGGCGGAUGGGGACAGGUCGAGGCUGCCGAUCCCAUGCUCAGAAGUGCCGACCCUCAUCAAUCGGAAGUCACGGACCACACGGCGGUCGAAGAGUCAGAUUGGAAAACACGCGGCGGCUCGUUAGCCCCCAGCGAGUCGCUCGCCACGGUGAGGCCGGAGGGCAGCCAGCCUGACUAUCUUUCCGAGGUCACGUCUGACUCCUCCGUCGCGGGGAUCGGACUCCCGAAGAGCCCGAGGUCCAAGGUGCGAAAAAUGCACAGGCCGGCGAACCUGCGCAUCGGACAUGAUAUCCAUAGCCUAUACGCUCCCGAGGCAGACGCCGAAGAUGCUGCUGCUACGCCGCGCGCGGCGCAAUUCGAAGGGAGCGCCGUGUCUUCCCCCUCACCUCCUACGUCAGCCACUGCCCCUCCCAGGAGGAAGCUGUCCAACGACGGAGGACGAAAAUUGCCUGGAGAAGGGCAUGCACCGCGCGUGCGCAAGAUUUCGACAGGUUCUCACACGAAAGCGAAGGCUAGGCCAAGAGACUCGGAGGCGGAGCAAGGAGACGAUGAAGGGUACGACGAUCUACUCAGCGCAUAUGAAAGUGAAGAGGGCGGCCCUGGGGCAAAGCCUCGACGUGAAUAG